AUGCAGGGUCGAGUAGGUGACGGCCCUGGAGGAGUGGGUGCUUGUUUCGUCGGUGGGCUACUGUCCAUGCCUGUGCCGUCAACCCAUAGGUCGUUCCGUUACUCAGGUUCUCGACCCCGUUCUUCAGGGCAGACGCGCACCACCACUCAGACCGACAGUGAGGCGGACGAGGAGGAGGAUGAGGACGAUGAGGGGGAGGGAGGGGAGGAGGAGGAGGACGAGGGGAGCGGUGAUGAUAGUGAGCCGGGGUGGACACCCGAGACGCAUGGCGGUGCAGGUGAUGGGGGAGGAGAUGAAGACCAUGAGAUGGAAGGGUUGGAGCCUGAGGGGGUGGAGGAGGGGGUUGGUGAGGGAGGAGGGGUUGCCGCGGCUGCCGUAGAGGAGGCUUCUCAGCACGUGGUGUUUGAUGGCUACGUGUAUUAUUGGCUGCAUGCAGAAAGCUGGCCAAACAUCCCAAAGAAGGGAGGGAAGGCAAAGGGGCGAGGGGCGGAGGGGUUAAGCGAGGCCGGGAUCAAGGGCUACAUGUCGAAGAAGCUGUCAGAAGUGGAGCUUCGGCAGGCGAUCGCCAAGCUGGUGAUGACCUGCGACCUGCCCUUCAAGAUUGUGGAGGCUGAGGCGAUCGCGCAGAUUGUGGAGGACACGGUGGUGUCGUGGGGGUUGGAGGGGCGUUGUCUGGGUCUCACCACAGACAACGCCUCAGCCAACAUUGCCGCGUACAGGCGGCUGUCGGAGGAGGGUGGUGGUCGGGCUUUCUUCAACUCUCGCCUGCACUUCAACCGCGUAUGGGUGGGUGUGGUGUGGGGGUGA